CCCCGCAUAGGUUGUGAAAAAAGGGUCUCGAACUUCAUCCUGAAAGCAGCCUAUAGUUGGUCAGAGCGCGUGCAUUGACUGGCCGGAGGCGGAUGCAGCGCGAGGAGAUGCGGGCUGAGCGCUGAUCCGCGUGCAGACUUCUUUACGCGCAGGUAGGCUUUACUGGCGGAUUUGGAGACUGCAUGCACAAUCCUUCACGAGCUCAACCCAGAGCCUAGAGGAGAACCAGCCUUAGAGAUGGGCCCCGGGGCCCCGGAGCCAAAAGCGUGACCGCCUCGACACGCGCGCGGCGCUCCGGGGUUUUCCGGAACUGAAGUCCACUGGCCUGCUCGGAUCUGUGCGCGGACUAAUUAUUAUUAAGCAGCAUCCCUCCUUUAAUUUCUUCAGCCAAUCACCGAUCAAAGGGGCAGCUGAGCUGCGAGGGUUUUUAUGCCCCCCUCCAUCAUAAUUAGUCUGACAUGCGCAAUCUGCACACGAGAGUCAACAACAGCCACCGAGCCCUUAUUUCACCGAGCUCGCGCGCCUGAAGGCCCAUUCACAGCUCGUAGAUGCGCCGGCGGAGGGAGCAGCGAGUCCCGCACACGGAUCAUCAUGUCCCGCCGCAAGCAGGCCAACCCACAGCCGCUCCGGUCCGACGAGGACUCGCCGGGAAGCGGCGUCCGCCGCGCGCAUGGCGCGGCGGACGGCUCUGAUCAUGAGACGCACUUUUGUCCCACAUGCUGCUCUCACUUCACCACUUGGACCGAUCUGAGCCAGCACCAGAACUUCUGCAAAGACCAUCCCCACAUUUUCCUCCUCAAGGACAGUGCAGUUCCUGUGGAAACCCCCCUGAGGCCCUCCCCAGUUCCCAGCGUGGCGACCAGUGACUCUUCUGUGGUGGAGUCCACCGGGUUCGAGCUAGGGGAGACAAUGCUGAACGAAAACGACAGUCUGGAUAAUUCUGAGGCAGGAAAGGAGUGGGAAGAAGUGAUGGAGCUCGAUCCCUGCCCACAGGACAGCUACACCUCAUCUUCCAGCCCCUUGCCCCCAGAAUCAGCCCCCUCCCCACAAAGUUCUAGUGACUACAGCAUGCCCGGCACCAAUGUGACCUUGGAGAUCCUCCAGAGCACCCGAGUGGCUGUGGCUCAGUUUUCCCAGGGCUUCGGUAGCAGCGGUCUGGGGGGGAAACCAGCGUCGGCUCCCCUCCCGCUGAUCCUGCAGCAGCUGUUGGCCCUGCAGCAGCAGCAGGUGCAGCAGCUGCAGCUCAUCCAGCACAUCUGCAGCCAGGUUGCCGUCAUGAAUCGGCAACCAACGCAAGCAGCUCUGAGCCCCGCGUCCAGGUCUCUGCCUGUAGCGCCGAGCCCCUUUCCCUCACUGGCCAUCAUUCCUCCCCCCAUCCUGCCUCUGUCCGGAACCAUGCCCUCCUCCAUCAAUGGCCAGGCAGCUGUGUCUUUGUCGCAGGUUCUCCCUCCACAGACUCUGUGUGAACAGUCUUCGUUUACAGAAAGCGGCACUUCUGAGAGUUCAGCCCCGUCAGUGUUGCCUCAGCCUGCCUCUCCCAGCAGAAGCAGCUCCCAAACGCCAGCCUCCUGCAGUCCCCCAUCCCUGACCCAGAGCGGACUCCCCAGCUCAUCUUCCAACCUGCCAUUUCUACCUCAGAGCCCCCGAAGUGCCACUUUUCCCAACCCCUUGUCCUGCAUGGCAGCCACAGCCAGCGCCCUGGACCCUCUGGCUUCCUUGAUGAAGCUCAGGAAAGGGAAGCUGCUGGUGGACGCGAAGCCAGAAGAGCCCUUCUUCAAGCAUAAAUGUAGGUUCUGUGCCAAAGUCUUUGGCAGUGACAGCGCCCUGCAGAUCCACCUGCGCUCCCACACGGGCGAGCGGCCCUUCAAAUGCAACAUCUGCGGCAACCGCUUCUCCACUAAGGGCAACCUGAAAGUGCACUUUCAGAGGCAUAAGGACAAGUACCCGCAUGUGCAGAUGAACCCUUUCCCUGUCCCUGAAUAUUUAGACAAUGUGCCAACCAGUUCUGGGAUUCCCUACGGAAUGUCCAUUCCCCCAGAAAAGCCUGCCUCUUCAUGGCUGGACAGCAAGCCGGUUGUUGCGCCUCUUCCUGCCGGUCUGGGUCUUUCUCUGUCCUCCCCUGCUGCCAGCACUGGGGGCUCUAGUGACUUUGUAAGUGCAACCCCACCUGUUAAGUCUCCUUACAAGGCAGCACCUGGUGAAUGUGUGACUGUGUGUCCUAACCAUAGAGGCACUGAGGCUCCUUUCUCUCCUGUUUCAGAGUCUCAGCGUGAGACAGGAGCCUCCCAAACAUUGAAAGCAGAGGAGCUACACCUGCCCCACAUGUGCAGCUCCACAGCAGGGGCCAGCCCCUUCACAGAGACAACCCGAACUCUCGCCACCCCCGAGCCUAUCCCCUCAGCUUCCUCUGCCUCCUGCUCCCCUCCCACGACCUUCCCAGCAGUAGAUCCUCCAGACUGCAUGCAGACCUCGGAGACCUCAAAGCUGCAGCAGCUGGUGGAGAACAUUGACAAGAAGAUUGCAGAGCCCAACCAGUGCACGCUGUGCCAAUGCGUGCUCAGCUGCCAGAGCGCCCUCAGAAUGCAUUACCGCACCCACACCGGCGAGAGGCCCUUCAGGUGCCGAGUGUGUGGCCGGGCCUUCACCACCAGGGGGAACCUGAAGACCCACGUCGACGUUCACAGAGAAAGCACUCCGGCGCAGGUGCAGCACUCGUGCCCCAUCUGCCAGCAGAAGUUCACCAACGCCGUGGUUCUUCAGCAGCACAUCCGUGUGCACGUGGUGGGUCACAUUCCUGACCCCACCACAGGGGACGGGUCUCAUGAGGGGGGCGGACUGAGCUGCAGCAAGCUCACAGAUGACAACUUGAUGGAGAAUGACGAUGAAAAGGAAGAACGGAUAGAUGAGGACAUGAAGCUCACAGGGGGGCUCAAAGACAACAGCCUGAUGAACACCGCUGCAGCUUACUCAGAAGAAAAGGUGGAGAAUAGCAGCGAGAUCAGCCCACACCUUCCUGACCCCUCACCCCCAGGGUCAGCCUCUUCCUUUCAGAGCGAUUCACAGGGCUUCAUGGUAGCAGAGGAUGAGCUAGACCCCCAGGAGCUCUCUGUGAAGACAGAGCGGCCCGAGUCUCCAGCGUAUGUGUCAGCAGCUGCUCGGGGUCCCAGAGGAGACCCCAGCGUGAGGGAGGGGGCUCCAUACUGUGUGGCCUUCCAGCUGACCCAGGACAAAGGCCAAAGCCCUGCCGGCUUCACAUCCCGCUCCCUAACAACUGAGCUGAACGGCAUGAUGGGAAGGCAACAGCCUCCCUUCAGCAUCCACAUCACUGCUGCCUACCCUGCAGCCAGCGGCCCACCACCCGCGACCUCCGUGCUUGCCUCUGUGCCCCCACGCCGAUCAGGGAAGCAGCAUAACUGCAGCGUCUGUGGGAAGAACUUCUCCUCGGCCAGCGCCCUGCAGAUCCACGAGCGCACGCAUACCGGGGAGAAACCGUUCGUCUGCUCCGUCUGCGCGAGAGCCUUCACCACCAAAGGCAACCUGAAGGUUCACAUGGGAACUCAUAUGUGGAACAAUGCUCCAGCCAGGAGAGGCCGGCGACUGUCUGUGGAAAACCCGGUGGCCCUGCUGGGGGGAGACCCUUUGAAGUUCAGGGAGCUGUUCCAGAAGGACCUGGCACCUGGACCUGUGAGCAUGGAGCGGGGUCUCUGGAGCCGGUACGCAGCAGCCAUCACCAACAGCCUGGCGAACAACGAGAUCUCAGUGAUCCAGACUGGAGGCGUGACUCAGCUGCUUCCUCUAACCGGGUCUGGCACUGGCCUCACCAGGACUACAACAGACCUGGGAGGCAGCAGACAUUUUUCCAUGCUGGUUGAUGACACUAAACAGAUUGGAAUCAACUGACAGACGCUAAAAGUCUAAUUUUUUUUAAUGCAAACGACCAGAACAGACGAACAUUUGUGAAAAGUCUCUGUUAUCCCUCAUCAUGUCGGACUCAGCUGUAGCAUAUUUGUCGUGCGUACUGUUGUUUUUGUAUCCACUGAACAAGUUAAAGCCCACCACCCAUGAACUGUGCUCAGAUGUUCAGAAGGCGGAAGUUCUUCUGCAGCCACCCGCUGGUGCACAGCCUGUCCCGCUGUGACCCUCUUACCUGUUCAGACUGCAGCGGGACCCAAUAAAGAGCAAAACCCAA